AUGGCGGCGACGGGGGUGACAGCGCUGGGCACGGUGGUCGGGGCUGCGGUCUUCGUCGCCAUGUUCGUCCUCACGCUAAGCCAAAGUCCGGGAACUCUGCCCGCUCGCGUAGGGGGCGUGGAGCACGUCUACCCGGAGUACGCGUCCCGCAUGCGCUUCGCCCGCAACGUGACGCGGCGGGACGCGUCGCUGGAGAUCGUCGGGGUGCAGACGCGAGACUACGGCUUCUACACGUGCAAAGUCAAGUUCGGCGCUUUCAUCCAGCAGGUGUCCGUCAAGCUCAUCGUGCUGGUGAAGCCGACCCAGCCAGUCUGCGUGGUGAACGGUUCGGCGCAGCAGGGCAAGGAGCUGUCGCUGCAGUGCCAGUCCGCAGAGGGGACGUCGCCCAUCUGCUACGAGUGGAGCAAGGGCGGCGCAGAGGAGCCAUUACCGUCCGUGCUGAGAGGAACGCUGCGCAUCAGGGACGUGAGUGUUAGCCACUCGGGGCUGUACCGGUGCAACGCGAGCAACCGC